AUGACAAAAGAAUUAAUUUCCAGCCUUUUAAAUUCGGAAAAUAAUACUUUAAAUAAUGAAAAAGAAAAUAAUAAAAAGAAGAAAAAAAAUAAAAAGAAAAAUAAAAAUAUUUUGGAAAAUAAAAAUAAUAAUAAAGAGGAGGAGGAAUUAGAAGGAUUAGAUAAUGAAGAAUUAAAAGUAUUACCAAAUAGUUUAGAUGUAAAAAAUGAUAAAAAUAUUUUUGAAGAAGGAAAAAGCGGUAAGUGUUUUGAGAGGGAUAUUUUCGGGUUGAGAAAAUUUUAUUUCUAUAUUUUUUGUAUUUCGAAAGAGGACCAAAAAUAA